AUGGAGACAAAUUCGAUCGGAGAUACAAGUACUCAACCAAAGGAAUUUGAAAAUUUCUGUAUUCGUCAGUACGUUGCUGAGGUUCGGAGAAAAGAUUGGAAGAAAUGUUGUCCCUUUGACCUGUCUAGUUACUCUCCAGAAUCUAAUUAUCAAGCAGAAAGGGUGUUUGCUUCACUAAUUAAUGAUGCCUUGAUUAAUAUUCCAGAAAAUACACAAGCUACGAACUCUUUGAUAUAUUUUGAAGUCAGAAAUCCAGAUGGACAAGCUGCCGUUUCAGAAACCCAUGCAGGUGUGGUUAUUGGCAAUGAUACAACCAGUAUUAUCAAUGAUACACCUUUGGAGUCAGCUUCUGGCAAGGUAACUUAUGCUCACUGCGAGAAUGAAAAAGUCAUCUACGGAGAUAUGGUGGCUGCAGAAAAUGGUAAGCCAGAAGAUGCGGUAGUUGUUGAUGAUUCACUGGAAGAUAUUAUAGCUGAUGGAGCCUCAAAGUCAUCUUCUCGCAAACUUAAGAAUGAUGUUCAGCACCAAAAUGAUAAGCCAGAAGAUGUGGUAGUCGUUGAUGAUUCACAAAAAGAUACUAAUGACGGACCCUCGAAGUCAUCUUCUCUCAAACUGAAGGAUGAUGGUCAGUACCAAAAUGAGAACAGUGUAUGUGAAGACAUUAUAGCUGCUGGAAAUGAAAAGCGUUUAGUUGUUGAUGAUGAUGGGGCUAAUACUAACAGUGAUGAAGAAAGGAACUUGGCAGGAGAGAAACCUCGGAAAUUCCGCCUGUUGACAGACAUAUAUAAGCAGCUUCAAGGUCCUUGUGAUGCUGUGAGUGCUGGCUAUAGUGACAGUGAUUUUUCUAGCGAAAGUGAAGAAGAUGAUUCUGAUGAAUUCACGCUGGACACAUUUGUCAGAAAGAAAAAGGGCGCCCGAGUUAAUUCUAAGACUGGCGUUGCAUCGAAGAAGAGAAAGAGGUCAUGUAAAGAGCGAGAAAGAUCCUUUGUUCGAGCUAAAAGGACGAAGCCUGUGCCUGCGGACUCUUGUCGCAAAGAUUCAGAGUUUGGUUCCAAACGUCAGUUGAGAAAAACAAGAACUGAUGAAGAAGAUUUGCAGGUGAUGAAGAAGCAUAAAAAGUCUUCAGCUGAGAUUAUUUUGUGUGGAAGCACUUCUGGAAGCCAAAAGGUUGCACCUGAGGAGAACAGGUUGGAAACAAAAAAGGAUUCUCUUCUAUCAUGUGGAAAUAAAAGGAAGAGACAGACCAUUCAAGAUGAUUGUGGAAGGGACGUUUCAAAGUUCUUGGAUAGGAGUCAGAGGCGUUUAACAGAAGAGAACAGAUCAAGAUCAACACAUGGGGUGAAUAGUGUUCAAUUGGUUCAGCCCAACAUUGCUACUUUAAACAGCAUAGAGACAGCUUCUGGUUGUGUUGAAAAGAGUAUCAGGGAGAAUUCCCCUCCAGCUGAUAAUGAAUCCAUGGCUGCAUUGCUCUUGCUUAGUCUCUUCAAUUCAGGGGUAACCACACAUACAUCAUCUAAAGCUGCAGCCAAAGAUGCAGCAGUAUCUGUGUCAAAUGGUGAAAUCUCGUCUGGGAUAGAUGAAAAAGUGCUACAUGCUUCAAGGUCUAUCGUGGAUCAAUCGCGUGAAGAAUUUAACAUAAUCAAUGGUAUUGGUUUACCUCAGGCUGAGCAAGUUGAAUCUGGGACUUCUGUAUGCAUUAUGAACGCAAAUCAAUCAGAGUUUAGCAUACUAAAUGCUAAAAAAUAUAUGAGACGUGCUAAAGUCAUCCGGAAAUGA